UUGGAGAAUAUUGUGUGACUUUUUGUUGUGUCAACAGAAAUUAGAUAAGUAGUAUGUAUCCUUUACAAAAUUGACAACAAUAUAUGUUGCAUUAAAUCAGAGGAACAGAUAGAUAAGUAGAAUUCAGAAAUGGCAAAUCCAUUGGCAGGACUUGGAGUGGUUGGUGUAGGAUUAGCAUUGCUGAUUAAUUUUUCUAUUCAUAAGAUAGAAGAAGGACAUGUUGGCGUGUAUUAUAGGGGAGGUGCUCUUCUGACGUCAACUAGUGCUCCAGGAUUCCAUUUUAUGUUUCCAUUCCUCACAUCUUUCAAAGCUGUACAGACAACACUACAGACAGAUGAAGUAAAGAACGUACCCUGUGGUACUAGUGGUGGUGUUAUCAUUUUCUUUGAUCGAGUUGAAGUUGUGAACAAACUGAACAUCGAUUCUGUGUAUGAUAUCGUAAGGAAUUACACUGCUGAUUACGACAAAACUCUCAUCUACAACAAAGUACAUCACGAACUGAAUCAGUUCUGUAGUAUACACACUCUACAGGAAGUCUACAUAGAUUUAUUUGAUCAGAUAGAUGAGAAUCUCCGUACAGCCCUGCAGGGUGAUCUAGGAAACAUGGCGCCAGGUUUAUCUGUACAAGCUGUUCGAGUCACAAAACCUAAAAUCCCAGAACAAAUCAGAAAAAAUUAUGAAUCUAUGGAAGGAGAGAAAACAAAGUUACUUAUUUCUAUUCAGAAACAGAAAGUGGUAGAGAAAGAGGCAGAAACAGAGAGGAAAAGAGCUGUUAUAGAGGCUGAAAAAGUUGCUCAGGUGUCCACAAUUCAGUGGCAGCAAAAGAUAACGGAGAAAGAAUCACAAAAGAAGAUAUCAGAAAUAGAAGAUGCUACCCAUUUAGCUAAAGAAAGAGCCAAAGCAGAUGCUGAAUUCUACAGAGCCAAGAAAGAAGCAGAGGCUAAUUCAGCUAAACUGACUGACCAAUACUUGGAGAUGUUACGUUACCAAGCCAUUACUACCAAUACAAAGAUAUACUUUGGUAAUAGUAUUCCACAGAUGUUUAUGGACCCUAGUGGAGUUGUCCAAACUUCUCAACAGAAAAGUGCUUCAUCAAAAGUUUCUGAAAAUAAUUAAAAGUUUAGAGGAAGAUGAUCAUCUGUGAUACGAAUGAGUAAAACCAAAGUGGAAAAUGUCUAAAAACAGAACUGAAAUGGAAAUGUUGUUUCUUAAUAUAGAACCAGAAUGGAAAUUUCAAAAUAAAAAAAAAGAACCUUAAUAUAAAACCUAACCCCAAAAAAAUUAGUCUAAAGCAAAGUGUAAUUUUGGACCUCAAGAUGUUAAAUCAAUUUAAUUGUAUAGGAUUGACAUAUUCCACAGUACCAAGUGUUUCCAUUCUCUUAUCUUUUUGUGCCAUUUGAAUCUUAUUUAUAAAGUUAUAAAGACUUAUUAAAAUGCACCAUAUAAUAUUUCUAAAAUUGUAAGGUUUAUUAGUGUUUGAUACUGUAAAUACAGAAAUUAUUGUGAUUUAAGACAAAAUGCUAUUAUUUGUUUUUUGCGUAACUGAGUAAAGUAUAGUUUCAUUCAUAUAAAUAAAUCCAAAACCAUGUUGCUAUAAUAAAAAAAACUUUCCAAUAAUUUCUGAAUUUGCAGUAGCGGAGAGCAUUGACAGGUCUUCAAAUGACGAGUUUGCAAUCAUACCUCAAUUCAAGUAUGUUAUAACUUAUUAGAAUCUUUAUGCUAAAAUUAUUACUUACAAAAUUGCAUGGUCUUCAGUUUAUAUUGAUAGUAUAAUUAUUUUUUUUAUUUUUAUUUUUUUAUCAGUAAUAAGAUUGAUAAUAUUUUCAAUUUGAGCUGCCUCUGUUUAACUGUCAAAAGUAUUAAAAAAUUGUGAAGUAAAUAUUUAAAACAUGGAAUUAAUGUGUAUCCAACAAAUUAUGUAAAUUCAAUAUUUAUUAUAAUUUAUAUUAUGAAAACAGUAGUGAAAUAUUUACUGCAACUUUCAUUUAUAGCCGUUUUAAAUAUUUUAAGUGGAAGUGAUGCUGUAUUUACACAAUUUUGACAUGCUUUUUUCACAAGUUUUCAAGGUUUUUUGGUCUUUUGAAUUGUGUUGCACAAUUGUAAACUUAAAUAUAAUCACAUUCUUUAUUCAUAUAGAUGUAACUAAAAUUCUCUUUUUAUGUUUUGUACUAAAAUUUCUUACAUAGCGUAAUUACAAUAGUGCCUUUGUACGAUUUAAUACUGUUGUUGGAGAUUGUUAGAUAUUUAUAGUGUUGUGAUUACCUGUAUGUAAAUUGUAUGUUAAUAGCAAUCAAAAUAUCUAACGCUCUAAUGUUUGAACGAGCAAAAUAUUGUUUCCUUAGACGUGUCAUUUCUUUGUCAUAUACUAUUGUAGGUUUUCAAAAUAGUUUCUAUCUCAGAUGUUGAUCCAAGAUUUUGAAAAAGAGGGUGCCUAACACUCAUUCUGUCAUCUGUAAUCAUAACAUACUAUAUACUAUUGAUGCUCCUGUAGCCCAGUCACUGUGUCUGUGUUUGAUGAAUAAAGUUUGAACAAAAAGGCAACAUUAGGAUGGAGACUAGUUAAAAGUCUAUGAAUUAACCAUUUGUGUAGCACCUCAUGGUCCUCAUCCCAAACAAAAUGCAUUUCUAAUUUAGGUGUUGAAUGUAAAGUAUAAAUUUACACCAAUGAACAUUUUUGGAUACCAUGAAAAUUAGAAUUUGAGGUAAUAAGUUAGAUAUUGUUUGUUUCCUAAAACCUAGAGUUGUGAUAAGGCUGGUAUAUCUUUGGGAGCAAAUAUAUACUGACUAAAUAUAUGGGGUCAUGUGCCAACACUUGUAUCAACAAAAUACACCUAGAAAUAAUUAGCCUGGGUAAUGUUUGACCACUGUAUAUAAACUUCCAAAGUAACUGCUGAAUAGCAAGUGUAAUGUUAUACCACUUUGUAAUAACUGACACUUAGCAAUAAAAGUAUGUCAAGUCAUGACGCAUGUGUCACCCCAUGUAUUAACUUACAUGGUACAUUUGUUUUGAUGUGUAAUGGGCAUGUGUCAUGUGUAAUCAUUGUUUCAAAUUACACAAACUACAGUUAUUCUGUUAGGCAUGUAACACAUUAUGGUGGCAGUAGUUGUAACAUUUUGGUGGCAGCAGUGGCAUAUUUAAACAAGUUAUUAUAAAAUUAGGGUAAUGAACAUUUUAUCAUCACUAUUUACCCUCACAAACUUCAGUUGUCAAACUCAUUAUGUUGGAUAUAUCUAAGAAAAUCAUUAAUCAUCAUAUAUUAUUAUCUAUGUAAGCAGUAUUAAUGUUGUGUAUAUAUAUAUAUAUAUAUUAUAUUUUUAACACACUUGAGAAGAAGAAAGAUGUUUUAAAAUCUUACAAUCAUUCCAUUUAAUAUUCAAUGCUUACUUUCAAUUCUAUACAUUUCCUUUAUUUGAUGUUUUUGAAUCCAAAAUAGUCAAUUAUGAAAGGCAUGUAGAAUUUAAAUUUGUGUGAGAUUUCAAUCUAGAUGCAUACAGUGAAGAAAAGAAAAGUUAUAUCCAAGACAUUGCUAAGUAUUGGUAAAACAUAAUCAUUGUUAGUUUUGUUCUCAGGCUGUAAAAUAUCAAUGAUUUAUAAAGAGAAGUUUUUAAAUCAUAAGUGUCAGGUGUGAUGGUGAUAUAAAUUAUGUCAUUAUUAUAUAAAAAGUUGUACAAAUUUAUGUAAAUAUUUAUUUUUAUGCCUUUCUACAGGAUAUUUGAAGAACUUUUGGAUUGGCCAAGUAUGACAAACAAAUAUAAGUCAUUGUAUUCCCUAUCCUUCAUGACAAUUUGAAAACAUCCCAUAAACUAUGUAAUAGGUACACAUUCAGUUAUACCAAGGAUGGAUUUUUCUGAACGUCAAGCUAUAUUUAUUUUUUUACAUUUUUCUUACGCUGUUAAAUCUGCUUAAACCAUUCCAUAACUUGAGUAUUAAUUUAUCUUAAAACUUGUAUAGGAAUGAAAGAUGAGUUAUAUACCUGUUUAAAUUAUGGUUCACAGUGUUUCAGCAUGGUGAGCAUUACUAUUUUGCUAAAAUGUUCUAUUGAAAAUACAGAUGAAACUGGAACUAAAUCGGGCUUCUAUGGUGUUGCUAAAUAUUCAUUAGUAGUUUUGAAUUUUUCUCUAAAAUGUAGAGCACUUGUUUGUUUUUUAAAGAAAAAAAUCAGAAUUGGUAUUUUGUUUAAUUGAAUUUAAAUUUUUGUUUAUAUGAAAUCCCAUUACUUGUUUAUGCUCACUAACAAUAGUUACAUAAUAUAUAUGUGUUUGUAGUAACUUGCUAAACCUGUGUUAACCUGGAGACACAAAAAAACAUACGACUAAGAUUGAUCGUGAGUCAUGAACAAUUCAGUAUCCUUACGAUAAAUCUUAGUCACAAAUACUUUUGUGAAAUUUACUCCACAUAAUUACUGUUCAGACAGUUUGUUGCUAUUAAUUUGUUAUAGAUUCUAAGUUUUUUAAGCUGAAGUUAUCUAAAACAAGACACUGUAUAUUGGGAUCCCUUUGUGUGUGAAGGUUGUGUAUUAUUUUUAUGUAAUGCUCAAGUAGACUAGAUUUUUUUAUAAUCAUAAUCAGACUAUAUUCCUGCACAGUGUGGUGCUUAAUGUUGUUAAUUGCAAUAUGUAUACAUGUAUUAGUGUAUGUGAAAUGUUUAUUAAAUGUAUGUUAAAAAAGAACGCAUUGUUAAUAGUCAUAAUGUUUGAUACAGGCAUGAUGUUGUUAUUUAUCAAGUCAUAUAUGAUUUUGUAUGUUUCAUAAAACCAAGUGUUGUGAUUUGGUUGUUAUAUCUAAUGGAGCAAAUAACAAAAAGUUUAACAAAUGAUAUCUAUUAACCCUAAUUCUAAGUAAGAUUUACAAGAGUUCGGUAUGAGAACACGAAAAUAACCUACAACAUUUCUUUGAAAUUCUAAAACAAAAUCAUGUAACAUUUUACAAAAUAAUGCAUUAUCGAGAUAAUUGAUUUACAAUUUUUUUGAAUUUUGGUUUGAUUAUUGUUAAUUUUCAUUGAUUUUUGUUUACCAUCAGCAUAGAUUAGAAAAUCUGUCAUCUUUUAAGAAAGUUUUUUUUUAAUAUACACCAGUUUAAAAGAUUGACAUUUUAUAGAAGCUUAAUUUACAAGUGCUGUUAUCUUGAGAAUUGACAUUAAAAUGUUACAAAAGUAGAGAAACAAAACAAUGUCUAUAUGAUUGCUAACUACAUUAUUUUAUAUACUAUUUAUAAUGUUAGAUACUGUAGUUCAUCAUUUCGUUUUCAAAAUCAUUCUUUCUAAUAAAACCAAUAUACCUUUG